UCUUCUUGUUUAUCAAAUGUGUUGAAGAAAUCAAGACAGUUUUUAUAUUGUUGGUUUUUGGAGAAACUGACUUCUCCCAUUUCACUACUCUCGGAUGAAAUCUGACAUUUAUGUUUGUGGUGGUGGUAGUGUGAUGUGUUUAAUAAAUAUAUGUGAUGGUGCCCUAAUGUGUUUAGCAAGUGCAAAAACAAUUUUGUAGAAGAUAAUGAACACUUUUAUCGUUUCAGCUUUUGAGCCAUUAUGAUUUAUAGGGCCAAUAUCCGCAGACGAAAAACAAAAUUUCGUACUGUCGGUUUCAAGUUUUAAUUAAUUGGCAAUCAUCAUUUGCAUAUCUGAAGAUCAUUAUAUAAACAAUAAACGUAGACAUGGCUCAAGUUGUAAAUCAGAAGCGAAGAGGGGGAGAUACUUCCUCUAGUUUAUCUAGCUCAGCCAAUCAACAAAUAACCGAUGAAAUUGCUGCUCUUUUUGAGUGUCCGGUUUGUUUUGAAGUUGUUCUCCCACCUAUUAUGCAAUGUCAAGUAGGACAUUUAGUGUGUGCUAGUUGUCGACCUAAAUUAUCUUGCUGCCCUACCUGUCGAGGAACACUAGGAAAUAUAAGAAAUUUGGCCAUGGAGAAGGUUGCCAGCAAUUUGAUGUUUCCUUGUAAACAUAAAUCUACAGGUUGUCGAAUGUCUCUUGGACUCAACGACAAGGCGGAGCAUGAGGAGAUAUGCGAAUUUCGACCUUACAGCUGUCCUUGUCCUGGUGCCUCCUGUUCUUGGCAGGGACAGCUCGACAAAGUUAUGGUACAUUUGCAACACGCGCAUAAGAACAUCACCACCCUAAAUGGAGAAGACAUAGUAUUCUUGGCUACUGAAAUAAAUUUGGCUGGUGCCGUAGAUUGGGUGAUGAUGCAAAGUUGUUUUGGACACCAUUUCAUGUUGGUUUUAGAGAAACAGGAAAAAAAUGACGGGCACACCCAGUUCUUUGCCAUCGUUCAACUCAUCGGAUCUCGUAAACAAGCUGAACAUUUUGCUUACAGGCUUGAAUUGAAUGGAAAUAGACGACGACUGAUUUGGGAAGCCAUGCCAAGAUCUAGCCAUGAAGGUGUUGCUUCAGCAAUAUUGGGUAGUGAUUGUCUUGUUUUCGAUAACUCUAUAGCCCAACACUUUGCCGAUAAUGGAAAUUUAGGUAUUAACGUUACCAUUUCGUUAGUAUGCUAAAUUUGUAAGAGAUUAUAUUUUCAUGGGAAGUGUAAAAGUGACUAAGAGAUAUGAAAAGAUUUGAAUGAUGAUUUUGUACAUAGCUAGAGUUUAAAAGGUAUAUAAAAUUAAGCAGUUUUAGUAAGAAUUAAUGUAAUAUUUAUUGAAAUGAAUUUUUAACAUCGCAGCUGGUAUAAAUGUAUAUUUUUAUAGUAA